CUGAUCUAAUGAAGGGGCGGGCUGUAGCUGCACUCACUCCUCACAUCCUGCGCUGACCCUCCGAUACCCCGCAGACUGGACACACGCAAGCCUCGCUGGGAAACGAGCUUUAGCUGCUGUUAAGGAGAGAUGGGCAGCUUGUAUAAGGAUGAGCAGGACAACUGGAUCACAGUGUGUCUCAAGUACCUCCUCUUCGUUUUUAACUUCCUGUUCUGGAUGGGUGGUGGGGUGGUGAUGGGUGUCGGGAUCUGGACGCUGGUCGAUAAAGGAGAGUACCUGAGCCUGCUGGCCUCCAGUACAUUCGCCGUGUCCGCCUACAUCCUGAUCCUGGCAGGGGGGCUGGUGAUGGUCACGGGGUUCUUGGGCUGCUGCGCUGUCAUACGUGAGCAGAGGAGCUGUCUGUCCACGUACUUCUCCUGUCUGCUUCUGAUCUUUCUAAUUGAGCUGGUGGCUGGUGUUCUGGCCUACGUUUAUUAUCAGUCGCUAAGUGAAGAGCUGAAGCAGCACUUGAGCAAGACAAUGACCGAGAACUAUGCCCAACCUGGAAAAGAGAGCAUCACACAUUAUGUGGACAGACUACAGCAGGAUUUCAAGUGCUGCGGGAGCAACAACUCCUUUGACUGGACACACAGCGUGUACAUCAUGUCCCUGGAAGGGGAGAAAAGAUUGGUCCCUGACAGCUGCUGUAAGACCAUCACCCAUCAGUGUGGAAAGAGAGACCACCCCUCAAACAUCUACAAGGUGGAGGGCGGCUGUAUCACUAAACUGGAGCAGUUUCUGGCAGAUCACUUGCUCAUUAUUGGUGCUGUGGGAAUGGGUGUGGCCUGUCUACAGAUUUGUGGAAUGGUGUUCACCUGUUGCCUGCACAGGCGAAUUAAACUGGACCCUUACUGACGGCUCAGAAAUGUUAUAUGCCUUUCCUGACACUCAAACACAGCCUUACAACCGUUUCCAUCUUAAACUGCAUGAUCAAACCAUUUAUAAGGGCUUUAUUAUCUUUGAUUGGCUACAUUUUUAGACAAAUGUUGCUAUUGUUAAUAAAUCCUUAUGAUCCUAAUAGUCUUUAAGGAUAUGGGAUAUUGUUGUCAUUUAGAUGUCCAGGAAUCGGUC